CUCUUUUGUAACAGUGCAACAGCUCCUUUUCUACUCGCUCUUCUACUUCGCCCGUAAUAUUAUCUCCUUUCGGCCUUCUGUCAACGCCUUCCCACCCUUCAGACCAACUCAAACCAUAUCUUUUGAACUAUGCAUACUGAGACACCGGGUCUUAUUAAAUACCAAAAAAUAGAAAAGAUUGGCGAAGGAACAUACGGCAUUGUUUACAAAGCAACUCAUAAGGAGACAGGGGUAGUAGUGGCGUUAAAGAAGAUUCGUUUAGAGAAUGAGGACGAAGGUGUCCCUAGCACAGCCAUUAGGGAGAUUUCACUACUAAAGGAACUUCGGCAUGUCAAUGUAGUUCAAUUGCUUGAUAUCAUUCAUGAAGAAUCAAAGUUGUAUUUGGUAUUUGAGUUUCUGGACUUGGAUCUGAAAAAGUAUAUGGACACACGUCCCGGUACCACCUCCACAGGUCUGCCUAUAGAUCAAGUCAAGGACUUCCUUUAUCAACUACUACAAGGGAUUGAGUUCUGUCAUGCAAGACGCAUUUUACAUAGGGAUCUCAAGCCUCAGAACCUGCUUCUUGAUGAGACGAGGACACUUAAACUAGCGGAUUUUGGGCUGGCGCGUGCUUUUGGUAUCCCAUUGAGGACGUAUACCCAUGAGGUCGUGACGCUAUGGUAUCGUGCCCCAGAAAUAUUGAUGGGAUCAAGACAUUAUUCAACCGCGGUCGAUAUGUGGAGUGUAGGAUGUAUCUUUGCAGAAAUGAUCACGAAAAGACCACUUUUUCCAGGCGAUUCUGAAAUUGAUGAGCUGUUUAAAAUAUUCAAGUUACGAGGAACGCCCACGCCGGAGAUCUGGCCAGGCUGCGAAAAAUUAAAAAACUACAAAACACAGUUUCCAAACUGGGAUCGUCAAGCUCUUCAGACUGUAGUACCAGACUUGGAUCAAGAGGGGAUCGAUUUGCUAGAUCAGAUGAUCGAAUACGAUCCAUCAAAAAGGAUCUCUGCAAAACGAGCUCUGCUUCACCCAUUUUUUGAUGACAUAAGGAGGUCCCGCGUCGGAGAUGCACAGCUUGGUUCUCGAAUGAAUAUGAGACAGCAUUAAUUUAUGGAGCGAAUAGAGGGAUGAAUUCAGGG